AGCGGUGCGUACAUGUCGCACGCUUACAAACGCGUUUACGUGUGUGGACUGUGGUUUAAAGUUUUUUCCAAAUUCAAAUUUCAGUUGAGUGAGUGAGUGAAGUGUUUAUGGACAGGUGACUAAGUGACAAGGUGACUAAGUGACAAGGUGACUAAGUGACAAGUGACAGUGACAAGUGACAGUGAUGUGCGGGCUACGCGUUAGAGGUAGAUAACGAUGGUGCCGUCUCCUUCGCACAUCUUCUGUCUCCUUCUGGUGUGCGUGGUGACGCUGGAGGAGGUCAUUAUUGAAGAGUCAUCCAACAUAGAGUCACUGCACGCGCCGCGAGGCGGGUCGGUGGAGCUGCCGUGUGACGUCACGCCGUCCCUGUCCGGGGACAGCAUGGCGCUCGUCAUCUGGUACAAGCAGGGACACGACGCACCCAUAUACUCGGUGGAUCUCCGCGAGGCGGUGACGUCGCACUGGUCAGACCCGACAACCCUGGGACCACGGGCCACCUUCAGAACCAGCGUAGAACCAGCUGUGCUCGUCAUCACAAACCUGAGAGCUGAAGACAGUGGCCAGUACAGGUGCAGAGUGGACUUCAGCAAAUCACCAACUAAGAACACAAGACUGAAUCUCACAGUACUGAUACCUCCUGACCGUCUGCUCAUCCUGGAUCAAGAUGGGGAGGAGGUACGAGGAGGGGUCAUUGGACCUUUCGACGAGGGAGUCCAAGUCAACGUCACCUGCGUCGCUAUUGGAGGUCGUCCCCCCGCGCGUGUGUCUUGGUGGAAGUCUCACGCGCUGCUGGCCAACUCCGAGACCAGAGCCAGUGUCACCUUCCCGCUACGCCGCGCCGAUUACAGCACCAACGUCACGUGCCAGGCUGUGACGGACCCUUCUAUACCGCCGCUGUCACAGACUCUCUCCAUUGACGUGAAUUUGCAUCUUCUCCGAGUGGAUCUACUCGGUGGUAAGAGGCCGCUGGUGGCGGGAGUGAGCACGGAGCUGGUGUGCCAGGCGGUCGGCGCCAGACCCAAACCCAGCAUAUCCUGGUGGAAGGGAGGGGAGAGGCUGAAGACUGUCAGGGAGACGGUGUCUCCUGAUGGCAACGUGACCAGCAGCAUCCUGACGCUGGUGCCGUCCAUCGACGACGCCGGGAGAGUGCUCUCCUGCCGCGCCGUGCAGCCCACCGUGCCGCACUCCACCCGGGAGGACGGCUGGAAGCUUGAGAUACAGCAUCUGCCGGUGGUGUCACUGCGGCUGGGCGCCAGCCUCGACCCGGGCGCGCUGGUGGAGGGCUCCGACGUGUACCUGGACUGCGCCGUCCGCGCCAACCCCUGGCACACCAGCGUCCACUUCACCCAUAAUGGUGUGGUGGUGAAGCCCGGUCCCGGGGUGCUGGUGGCCAACCAGAGCCUGGUGCUGCAGCGCGUGGGGCGGCGCGCGGGCGGCGCGUACGCCUGCGCCGCCAGGAGCGCGCUCGGCCAGGGCGCUAGCGAGCCGCUGCUGCUCGACGUCAAGUACAGCCCUAGCUGUAGGGCUCAACAGCCGAAGGUGAUAAGGGCGGCGAGAGGAGAGCUCGUCGAGAUAGAUUGCGACGUCGAUGCCAACCCUAGGGAACCCAUGAGUUUCGAAUGGUGGUUCAACAGCUCGACGCACGAGAAGCGAGAGCUGACAACCACCAAGACCAUACAGUCGCCAGGUCGAUACUCCUACACCAUCCAAUCUUCGAGCGACUACGGCUGGGUCCAGUGCGUUGGUUCCAACGUCGUGGGCCGGCAAGCGACGCCAUGCGUCUUCACUAUACUGCCAGCCGAGAAACCGUCCCCCGUGCGAGAAUGUACAGUUUGGAAUGUGACGUACGAGUCGCUGCGAUUGGCCUGCGAGCGCGGCCAUGAUGGGGGAUUGAAGCAGGCGUUUCUGUUACAUGUAUACGACCUGUCAACGUCGGUCCUCCUCCGCAACCUGACGAGCGACGAGCCGAGCUUCGUGGUGUGGGGCCUGUCUGACAGCGCGGCCGUCAAACUGUCGAUACAGGCGUACAACGACAAGGGGUCUAGCGAACCUGUCACUGUCACUACGAAGCUGAUGAAAAUAUAUCAGAAGCAUACAGCCUCAGUGCCGGUCACGAUAGAGCUGUCCACCGUGCUAGUCAUAGUGUUGUGCGCGGUGGCGCUCACGGCGGCCGGCGCAGCACUAGCUACGUCUGUGUUGUGCUGCCGGUACUGCGGGAAGCGACGAGUCGACAAGGACGACAAGGCGCGAAAGGACGUUUCCGACAAACCGCUGACGGGGGAGUGCGAUAGCGUCGACAGUAUCGAUAAGAACCCAGACAUAAUACCAAUAGAGGGUAAAUCCAGCGACACAAGUUCAAACAAGUCGACCAUAGACCGAAGCACAGUUAGACCUCUCAUACCGAAAACCUUCAAAUGUGACGACCGUUACUACGACAGCUACCCUUUCAACCAAUACGUAGAUCUACCGCCAAUGAAUUUUAGAUACCAGCCCAAUUUGCCCAAUAUUGGUAUGUGUGGACCACGCGCCGGGCAAAACUUGCAAUGCAGCGGGCAAAACUUGCAAUGCGGCGGGCAAAACUUGCAAUGCAGCGGGCAAAACUUACAAUGCACCGGGCAAAACUUGCAAUUCAGCGGGCAAAAUGUACAAUGCAGUGUGCCAGAGGAAUGCGGUGUUCCGCACGACCCCAUGUUUGAAGAUUGGUUGAAAUAUAAAAACUCUUUACCUGUGAAUGCCAGUACUUCGUACCCCACCGACCCGCUGUGUUCCCUGCCGGUGCAGUACCGAGUGCGGUCACCACACGGCCGCGCCUCCCCGCAAGACAAGGUACAAAUAACGCCGCAACAAUGAUACGAAAAUCCAGUGAUGACAAGUGACGUCUAAAAUUGACUAUUUAAAUACUAUAUUCAUAAUAGCCUAUGUGAAAAUUGGUUCCAAAUGUCCUAAUUGAAGACAUAAGUGGAAUAAGUAAGAAAUCAUUUUAGGGCAAUAACUUAUUUUUCUCUUAGAUUAAUCAAUAGUAACACCUACUUA